GCGCAGGAGCCCCUGUCGCGCUGAAGCUCUCCAGGAAGCUUCCGAGCUCUAGACCGAGACUGGGGUCUGAAGGAUGUUGGAGCGACCACCAUGGGCCAUGCCCUAUGCAUCUGUUCAAGGGGGACCAUCACUAUCAAUAGCAAACGCUAUCUUUUAAUCCACAGGCUUGGGGAGGGUGGCUUCAGCUAUGUGGACCUUGUUGAAGGGCUGCAUGAUGGGCGCUUCUAUGCCUUGAAACGCAUCCUGUGCCACGACAAGGAUGAUCGUCAGGAAGCUCUGCACGAGGUAGAGAUGCACCUGCUUUUUGAGCACCCCAACAUCUUGCCCCUCUGUGCACAUGCCAUGGUAGAGAAAGGAUCCAAACAUGAGGCCUGGCUCCUCUUGCCUUUCCUCAAGAGAGGGACCCUCUGGCAGGAGGUGGAAGCCCUGAGAGAUAAAGGUUCCUUCAUGCCUGAGGAGCGGAUCCUGGUCAUUUUUCAUGGCAUCUGCCGAGGGCUGCAGGCCAUUCAUAACAAGGGAUAUGCACACAGAGAUUUAAAACCAACAAAUGUGUUGCUGGACAAUGAAGAUCAGCCACUGCUGAUGGACCUAGGCUCCAUGAAUCAGGCUCGCAUUGAGGUGCGAAGCUCACGGGAGGCCAUGACUAUUCAGGACUGGGCUGCCCAACGCUGCACCAUCUCAUAUCGAGCCCCAGAACUGUUCAGCGUUGAGCGUGAAUGCGUUAUUGAUGAACGUACUGACAUCUGGUCCUUAGGCUGUGUUCUCUACUGCAUGAUGUUUGGUGAAGGACCUUAUGACAUGAUUUUCCAAAAGGGGGACAGCGUGGCCUUAGCGGUGCAGAACCAUCUUACGGUGCCCCAGAAUACCAGGUACUCCCCAGCCUUGGAACACCUCCUCUCUUCUAUAAUGGUAGUGAAUCCCCAGGAGCGCCCGUUCAUUGCUGACAUAAUCUGUCAACUUGAAGUGAUACAGCCACCUCCCACUGGACAAGAUGCCACACGCAUCUGAGAUCACAGAAGCAGCAGUUAAAAACAGAAGCAGCUAGUGGCAUUUCAGCCUAGGUGGAACCACAAGAGAUGAAGUUCAGAGAAAACGCUUGACAAGACAUUAUGUUUCUGCUGAAUGCCAGUCUCAUACUUACAGGAACUCUCUUACAGUGGGACUGCAUUAAGGACGAUGCUGACCUUUGGGACUCGCUCCCUUACUCUUUCACGUAUCUUACCAGGUUUUGACUGCUCUGUUUGUUGGCCCUUGCCAGCUGCCUCCACAAAGCAUGAUGUUUCCCCAAGGGACCAAGAUUCCUUUUCUUCAAGAAAGAAGAUGCCCCUAAUUUUGUACUUGAGUGUGGCUUUCCCUUAACUAUUGUGGGCUGAUGCCCUAAUUGUUUUGAUAAAAGCAUGCCCUCAGGGCCUAAGUGUUAAAUAAAAUCUUUGGAAUGCAGCCACAUAUUUUUAAACCACUAGAAUGAUAAAAAUGUGAUCCAAUAAUA